AUGGGGCGAAGAUUCACGGUGAUCCAUGGAGGUGGAAGACGAAGUGAAGUGGCUGACAACUGGUCCGAAACCUGGGAAACUACAGGAUGGACGGGCUACACUUUGUUUCUUCAGCGACAGGUUGAAGGACCUCCGCAACAUGCAAAUCAAAGUCAAAGCAGCACACAACAAGCUGCAGAGACACAAUUGGAUGAAGCUGUUGAAGAAGAUGGCAGCUUUGAAUUGGUGGAAGAUGAUGAGGGUUCAGGAGAUGUACCAGCACGUCAAGAAGGGCCUGGUUCUGGACCUCAUCAUGGUGACCGCAGCUCUGGCCCGAGACUUCGAGCAAUGUCACUUCUAUCAUCCGCUACGGGUGCCACGGGAUCGUCGGUGUCUUCGGCAUCGACACGACUGGAUGCGGAUGAGGGGGAGAUCGGCUCGGAGGUCUUGCAGGGAGACCAAAAACAAGAACAAGAAGCUGCGGGUGACAAAGAACAAAGACAACAAGAAGCUGCUGAUGAAGGCAGUGAACAAAAAGAUCAAAGAGAGGUAGAACGGGAACGACCAUGGGAGAUGCAGAUGCUCCAGGAGUUCCCAUACCAAACAGACGCAGAUCAAUGGUCGGGCAUCCUCUCAGGAUGGUUGAUCCGACUUCAUGGGAGGAAACGAACAAGGUUGUUCAAUCCGUUGAACCGGAGAACGCCAAACAUGAAGAACUUGAGCAUCAACCGUACUACGGUCCUCUUCUUGGAUGAUGGCACCAGACUGGUGAAGCAUGAUGAAUGGGUGUCAGCACACAAAAGACCUGAUGGUAUCAACGGCCAGCAAUGGAGAGGGUUCACUUUCUUCAAGCUGAAGUCCAACGAGCUGGGACAACAUGGAGGGAUUCAAGAAGAACAAGAACAGGAGGAAGUGGAGUUCACCUACAUGGAUCCGAGCUCGAUGGCAUCAACGCAGGGCCAAUCCUCAAAGGGGAAGGGGUCUUCUUCGACAACUGGAGCUAAAGGCGCUUCGGCAAUGUCAUCUACUGGGGCAACAAGCUUCCAACUUGAGGACAGCAUCCCUGGUGGAAAAGGUCCCGGGUCGGCAUCCCCAGAACACUCCCCAAAAGGAAAGGGUUACCCAAAACAGGGCACUACACCACCAAAAGUCAAUAAGAUGAGUCCUACUACAAAGGGAACUUCGGUGGGGAAUGUUGAUGGUGUCUUGGAAUGUGUUGAUGUUAGUUCAUUGCGGCCUGGUUCAAACAUAGCUGGACAAUCUCGACCGGCGCUGCGAUACUUUGCGGUGAUGAGCGAUGGUCGAGGUGGUCUAGAUGAACUAUGCCCUGGCAAACCGAAGCCGAAAAGGGUGAGCCUCAAGCCAGCAAGGCAUGGAGUUUCUGACCGUGAAGGAGAAAGAGAAUCCGCGCCGGUGACUUUGAAGCCAAGCAGGGCGCAUGAACAACAAGAACAAGAAGACGAGGGGCAGCUGGUGGAAGAUUCACCUCAAGCGGAGGGUGAAAGCUCUCGACGCAUGGUCCUGGCUGAUGGAGGUGGACUAUCUCCGGAAGAAGGUGAAGUACCAGCGCAAGCAGCACAAGAACAUCCUCAAGGAGAAGAGGAUCGACCUGCUGAAGGGUCACAACCUGGGGCAGAUGUGGAGACACAGGAAGGACCCAAGUUGAAGAAAUACCGAAGAGUUCGAGUAAAGAAGAAGCAGCCACAGCUGGAAAAAGAGAUCCGCGAGAUGCACAGCAUGCAGAGAACUCGAGCGGAGCGGCUAGCCUGCCUUAGGCUUCUCCAGCAAGAACGCCAGGAGAAACAACAAGGGCGAGCACUGCCCGAACAACAAGAGGCCACGCCUCAACCGAGAACGCCAUCUCUGUCGUCGGUGGACUGGAAGGCUGCCGAGGAGGAGACGAAAAGGCAGAUGGCUGAAGCAAAGGCAGCUGGCCGAAGGAACCUCACCUAUGAGGACUUCAAGAAGAACGAGGUGAAGAACGAGAAGCAGUUCUACGAAGAGUGGGAGCAAAUGCAAGAAAUGGCAAAGCAUUUGCCGGCGGCGCCAGCCAGACCUAAAAAAGAUGACCAACAGCCAGGCGAUGAAGAAGCCAGCACUAUGGCAAGACCAAGGCAGGACCACCUCCGCCUGGCUACACUGGAAUCUGGAGAGGUGGAUGUUGCCCAGGAUUCCGGAUGCGUGGAUACCCUGGUGGAGGAGAUCAACAUGCUCAUGGCCAUCAACAAGGACCCGGGGGGUAUCAAUACAGACCUCAAGGACAUCAAUCUGGACCAUGGGGGCAUCGUCCUGAACUUCAAGGGCAACAAAGGCCUCCGACCCAGCAGAACAUGUCCAUUGACUUGGGCCCUACACUGCCCUACACGGUACCGAACACCCGAGCAGUUGGCACAUGCAACAGAAUGGCUUGAGCGAUAUGCCGGAGGCCCAGCCCUGGACCUCAUGAGGCCUGAAGAUGUGGUUCGGCAUGAGGUGGCGAUGGCAAGAGCAAAAGCCCAAGCAGUACCACCGGAACCACAGGCAUCAAGGGGCGGUCUCCAACAACAACAAGAGGAGUACCACAAGAACCUCCAGAACAACCUCAAGCGAGAGAGGCGAUCUUGCAAAGGAUCCUACGGAUGA